UAAAGAUAUUUAUGGACGGUUUAAUUCUCGAAGUGCAACAGGGUAAAUUGUGUGGAGUAAAAGAAAAAAAUGUGAACGGUAAAGAGUUUUUGAACAAACAAAUCUGAAUUGUAAACCUGUUAUGGUGUGGAUAAAUGGAGGCGCAUUUUUCUCUGGAGCUGGUGAUGAUGAUUUUUUCGGUCCCGACUAUCUUAUUGAAAAAGAUAUUGUUCUAGUUACGAUAAAUUAUCGCCUUGGUAUUCUAGGUUUUCUUAAUUUGGAUGAUGAAGAAGCAUCAGGUAAUCAAGGUUUGAAAGAUCAAGUGAUGGCUUUGAAAUGGGUGCAACAAAAUAUUGCACAAUUUGGUGGUGAUCCAAACAAUGUCACCAUUUUUGGGGAAAGCGCGGGAGAAGCUUCCGUUCAUUAUCUGAAUCUAUCUCCCUUGGCUCGAGGAUUGUUUCAUAAGUCGAUUAUGCAAAGCGGCGUUGCAACUAAUCCGUGGGCGUUUACAAUACAUUCACCGAAAGAAGCAGCAGUUAAAAUAUCAUCAAUUCGAGGGAAUAAAACAACUGAUACUCAAGAACUUAUCAAAUAUUUACGAACCGUCGAUGUAAUCGAGCUAGUUAAGGCCGAACAUGAGAUUAAGUCUGUGAAGGAAGCUCUUAUGUUUGAAAAUCCUUUCGUACCGUCAGUUGAUCUAAAGUCGAAAACUCCAUUUCUGACUAUUCCAGUCCACGAAGCUGCCAAAUCUGGUAUCAAACUUCCUCAUAUAAUUGGUUACACAAGUCAGGAAGGAAUCUUCAUUUUAUCACGUAAGUUAAAAUGAGCAAAUUUUUGAAGUUAUACUCU